AUGUCCACCGAGCCACAGACUCGCCCGACGCCCUCCCGUGGCGGUCGGGGUGCCAGCCGAGGUGGCAGAGGAGGUUUUGGCAGUCGGGGAAGCACGCGUAACCGAGACCGGCCAGCAGGCGCGACAAACGGCGACGCACCCCUCAAGCACGAUGACAGCCUGGCCGGCAUCGAGGACGAAGGCGAGAUUGGGCAACUGAAGAAGCUCUAUGGAGCUAAGACGUCCUUGAUCAAGGAAAUGUUCACCGAUUGGUCCGAGGUCGACAUCCUGUUUGCCCUCCGCGAGACUGACGGAGACGAGAAUCUGACGGUCACCCGAAUUGCUGAAGGCACCAUCUCGCAAUGGGACGAGGUCUCCAAACCUAAGAAGGAACGUGCGAAGCCGAAGCCCUCAGCUGCAGGCGAAUCAGCUCCCGGCAGCAACUCCAGGACUGGCAGGACCACUGGGGCAGCCGAACGCACUCGUGGACGGGCCAGGACAGUCGAGAGAGGCGGCCGUACUCCACGUGGCCGCUCGGCUCAGCCUACAAACGGAACCCGCCCCGAGAAAACCCAGCUCUCCGUACCGACGGAAGAAUCGCGGGCCUGGGAAAGCAAUCCCGAAUCCAACGAUGACAGCGUCCCCCCUAAUACCACGCCGGCCCUUACGACUAAUGAACCCGCUUCUACCCCCGCCCCCACCCCCAAGACAACUGCCCCUGAAUCAACUACUCCAGCACCGAAGACCUGGGCAAGCAUGCUUCGCCAGUCGGCAGCACCGAAACCUGUUGUGAAGCCCAAGGAAACUCCUCCGGUACCGAAACCCGCCCCCGAAACGAUUGAAACUCCCCCCUCUCAACCUGCCACCGCCGCCGUCGCUUCAGCGCCCACCGAGGCGGAACCAGAACCAGUAGCCGAACCCGAAGAACCAGCACAGCCAGCCGUAAAGGAGGAAGUGGCCAUUCCAGAAGUUGCCGUGCCCGCUGUUGCCAUACCGGACGUCGCCGUCGCACCAAGCCAGGACAAGCUCACGGAGAGCAACCUGGAGCGGGUGACCGACACCUCCACCCCCCUCACUACCGACACCAUCCGCAGCGAAGCCGCCGACUCAUGGGAUACUCGCGGCACAGCGUUGGCCGGAACUAGCUCGCCGGCGCCUGCAACCCAGCCAGCAGUCGGAUCUCUGCCCAAGAAUGCAGGCAGCGGAUUUGCCACGUCUGCACUCAAGGCCACUGACCGUGCGGCUGUCCGGACGCCCAGCUACUCCCGCCGGGUGCUCGACCAGGAGGAGGCUGUGCGCAUGCCAGUCAACCGCGAGGUCGACCGUGCCACUGUGCAGUUUGGCGCUCUCAACUUUAGCGGCGGCGACGACGAUAUCGACGGCGACCGCGAGGAGCCGGAGACACGUGCCCAGCCUCCCGACGACUCUCCUACCGCACACCCCCGUGCUGCCCUCCCGCCAGCUAUUGCGCCUUCGGCUGUUUCAGACACAUUCGCCGCACAGCGGCCAGCUGCCCCGGCGGCCACUGCUUCCGUCCUGCCGCCCACAGGGCCAGCAGGUAGCCACACUGUCAACGUCCUGCAUGCUGGAGAGCUUCAGACUAACACGUUAUCAGCAGCCGUCCCUUCUGUUCCCCAGCAGGCCGCUCCGUCUGCCGCCCAAGCCCAAUCGGUGCCGGCAGCACAGCCGUAUGGCCGCUUCGCUCAGGAGACGGCAUUUGCCCAGAAGCCGUUCGACGCCUACGGCCAGCCAGCAGCCACCCCCCCAUUCGACAGCUUCCAGAACGUGCCCGCUUCGUCUCAGCCGCAGGCGCAGGCCCAGCAGGCCCAGGCCGCUUACAGCUCAGCCCCUGGCGACUACUCGCAGUACUACACCUCUGCUGAUGCGCAGAGCCGGGUGCCGUUCAACUACUACAACCAGGCCUAUGGCCAACAUGCUGCUCAGGGACACCAGGAUGCUCUCCAGAACCAGCGCCCUUAUGGCGGAUACCCGCUGAAUGACUCUCUCAACCAGUACCCCCAGAGCAACGCGUCCCGAUUCGGUGCUGCUGCCGCAGGCGCAGCGGCCCCGGUGGUUGCAGAUGCUCAGAACAGCGGAUCGACCACGCCCAACCCCCCUGCUCCUGGCCAGCCCCAACAGGCGCAGCAGCCUGGCGCGGUCCAGAAUGGUCAAGCCCAGUCUCAACAGCAGCCUCAGGCCAGCCAGUACCCGUACAACCACCCGUACUUCACCAGCCCGUACUACAACCAGUACAUGAACCAGAUGAACCAAUACGGAAGCUUCGCACAGGGCAACUUUGGGCCGUACGGCAAGGGAUACGGCAACCACCACCCCGGCUACGGCGUGACGCCGACGCCGUAUGAGCACAACAUCUCGCAGGCGUCGACGUUUGCAGCCGGUUCGUCUCUGCACCGCGGUGCCGAGACCAAUUCUCUGGCAACCGGGCUGGGCGAGUACGGCCGCGUCGGCUCUGGCCAGCCGUCGAGUUACGGCAGUGGCCAUGACGGCAGCUUUGGCCGUGCAGGCGCUGCGGCAUACCAGGCGCAGGCGGGCCAGGGAUUCGGAGCGCCGCCUUCGCAGGCAAGCGCACAGCAAGCCGGUGCGGAUGAUCUGAAGCCGUACGGCGACCCCAAGGGUGCUACUGGGCCGAGCCCGUCGCUCGGCGGGGCGCGUCCAGGGUCAGCCACCAACACGCAGGCAUCGCAGCCGGGGCUACCGCCGCCGCAGUCUAGCCAGCAGGGUAUCAGCAGCUACGGUGGCUACCCGACUCACCUGCAGGGCCACAGCGGUCUCCACGGCAACCAGUCGGUGGCUGGCGGCGGCUAUGGCAUGAGUGCCGGAGCCAACCAGAGCCACACGAACAACCCGUACGGCGGCUACGGCGGCCACGGUGGCCACGGCCAGGGUUUCGCUGCGAACAGCUACUAUGCGAACCAGCAGCAGCGCGGGUGGGGUGGCAACUACCACUAG